AUGGCGGUCCCACUUGUGUGCGCUCUCAACACAUGUCCCAUCGAAUGGGGCUACGUACACUAUCAGCCGUCAAUCGGUGGAAAUGCAUUUAUGCUUGCAGCCUUUGGCUUGCUCACAGUCCCGGCUCUAUAUCUGGGGAUCACCCACAAAGUCAAACUAUUCACGUUCUGCUUCGUGAUGGGACUGCUGGGGGAAAUAACCGGAUAUAUCGGGCGGCUUCUUUUACACAACAAUCCGUUUAGUAAAAACUACUUUCUCAUAUACCUUAUAUGCACGACUAUCGCGCCCACAUUUACCGCUGCGGCUGUUUAUUUGACGCUAGCUCGGAUUGUGGUUGUUUAUGGAGAAGGCAUCAGUCGAAUCCGUCCUCGAACGUACACACUGCUUUUCAGUGGUUUCGAUCUCAUCGCUUUGGUGGUUAUAGCGGUGGGAGGGGGUAUGGCAGCCGUUGUUGUUUUGCAAUGGAAGAUCGAUCGUGGAACGCACAUUAUGGUCGCUGGCCUUGUGGUCCAGGUCGUCAGCCUUGUGGCAUUCUUAGCUCUUUGCUUCGAAUACGCCUUACGAGUACGCAAAUAUCGAGGCGAGCUUAACCCCAAAUACGCUGUUCUUCGCGAAAACCCUCGUUUCAAACGCUUUUUGUAUGCCCUCGCAGCAGCUACGAUCUUCCUGUUCAUUCGAGCUGUGUACCGAGUAGCCGAGCUUUCAGGAGGGUUCAGAGGCAAGCUAGCUCAAGAUCAAGUUUUGUUCAUGGUUCUUGAUGGAGCGAUGGUCCUGAUAGCCUGUAUCAUCUUGACAAUCUUUCACCCAGGACUGGCCUUCGGAGGCGCUUGGAAGGACGCGUCAUUCCGCUGGGGCUCGAGAAAAUCGGAUAGUGAGUCGAUGAUGCGGGAUGUUCCGACUGAGUCUGUUUCCUACAACGGAAAAAAUUGA